CACACCCCCACACUCGUCACACCAUUAUCAACUGAGCUGGUAUCUUUUGCUUAAGCGAAUGGCAGCCGAGGAUGAAUUUUUGCGUCCAGGAGACCUAUACUACGCAGAUGGCAGUGUAGUUCUCUUAGCCGCCCAUGCUGGUAAAACGCAUGCUUUCCGCGUUCACAAAUUCGUGCUCGCGUCACACUCGAAAGUGUUUGCGGAUAUGUUUGCACUACCCUCAGGUACAGACCAAGAGACGUAUGAUGGUGUAGAUUCCGUACAUAUGCCGGAUGAUGCAAAAGACCUUGAAGACCUUCUUCGAGCACUGUACUAUCCAGGCACAAUACUAUCCAUGCUGGAGAAUCGAAACCCUCUUGCUGCCAUCAAGUAUAAGGGAAUUCUUCUGCUAUCGCAGAAAUAUUUCGUGCGCGUACUGCAUAAGCUCCUCAGGGCUCGCUUUCGUGCAGACUGGCCAUCGACUCUCCAGGAAUGGGAUAAGCUCAUAGAGCACUACGAUGGUCUUUCUGGAUCCACAUUACCGCAACAUGAUGCAGCUAGUCGAUUCAUCGAUAAUCGCAUGCUGGAACCUGCGUCUGCCAUACGCCUAGCUCGAGAGGCCAAUAUCCCAGAAAUUUUGCCUGCCGCGUUUUAUAUGUUAUCUACAAUCAGUCCUUUCAUGGAUUUUGAUGCCCUCCGCACCUCGUCCCCCCCUACGAUCGCUAAUUCUGAAGGGAAUGCCAUUGCGUGGCAGCCUGGAGAACGCACCGCACGAUGGGGGCUCUUAACACCCGCCGAUUGGCUCUGCCUAGUGCGAGGCAAGCAUUAUCUGAUGGAAUUUGCUCAAAAAAUUGAGGAGGAGGAAUCCUGUCCAUGUGACAGGGAGUGUAUCCACCAAAUGGCCAGGAGAAGGUUGUUAGACGGACCCUCUCAAGAUCUCCUACAUGUCCUAAAGUACAUUGCCUCGCAGCAGCCGCCUGCUCAGUAUCCUUGUUAUGAUGCCAUGCAGACGUUGGCGUCGCGCAGCAUGGAAGCACGGACUCUUAUAUGGGCGAACUUGUGUUUCUACUUCAAUUUACCGGACGUACAAGACGAUCAGAAUGACGAUGACGAUGACGAUGUUGCACUUGUGGAGGUUGCAGGGAAUGAGGGGUAGAUUUGCACACUGGCUACUAUAUUUCUCUAUACGCUAUAUAUGGAUCAAGCAAUAUACUAACCAACCAAUUUUAUGCAGGCCAUGCAGAAGUCUAAGGAACGCGUUUUAUUGCCACUUGUAUCGCUA